UGGGACACGAAGAAAGUGAUGAGCGAUAGGACCACUCAUAUCACAUACAAUGGCACCAAACUAUCCAGUGGUCAGAGGGCUUAUUGGGUGGUAAGGGUGUGGGAUCAGGAGGACAGGCAGAGUGACUAUAGUUCAGUAGCCUUUUGGGACAAAGGGCUGGACAUCAGUGACUGGACGGCCGAAUGGGUCGGCGCUCCGAACGGUACUCAACACAAGGCAUUACAAAACAUAUCGGAAAUCGAUGCAAAUGUAAUCAAAUCACUGCCGGGUUUACGUCCAGUACUUUACUUACGAAAAGACUUCACAAUCGACUCAAACAUUUCGUCUGCUCGACUGUACGCUUCGUCACAAGGCGUCCAUAAAAUACAACUAAACGGCAAAUACAUCGGCGAUGAUGUCAUGAGUCCCGGUUGGACUGACUAUAACAUCACCGUUCAGUACCAGACAUAUGAUGUCAAGGCAAUGAUCAGUAGUACUCAAAAUGUACUGGAUGUCAAACUAGGCACAGGGUGGUUUAGUGCUUAUAUAGGCGCUUUUGGUGCAUAUAAUAACUAUGGAUCCGAUCAAUACCUGUUACUUGAAUUACAUAUAACUUAUGAAAAUAAUAAAACAUUAGUUGUUAAGUCAGAUAACACGUGGAAAGUGACUACCGGUGCUAUAAUGUACUCCGAUAUAAUUAUGGGGGAACUGUAUUAUCAAAACAGAGAACUCAGUCGUAGGAAUGACACUCAAUGGACAGCCGUUGUGACCAAACCUAUCGACAAGAAAGUGGAUCUCAUCGCAGACAGGGCUCAACCAAUACGAGUGACCGAAGAAUUAACGCCUAAAUCCAAGAGACAAAUAAGUCCCGGGGUUUGGAUCCUUGAUUUUGAACAGGAUAUGGCCGGUUGGGUGGCCAUCAAAGUGCCUAACAAUCAGAAGUCAUUGAGAAUACAGUUAAGACAUGCCGAAGCGCUCAACCCUAACGGCACUAUAUAUAAACUGAACUACCGAACCGCCCGAUCCACCGAUACUUAUGUUAUUGAAGAUUCAGGCGCUUCAGGCCUUAUGCUUGAGCCCCACUUCACAUACCAUGGCUUUCGGUACAUAGAGGUGACCGGCUUUCCCGGCGAACCCCAGUUGACUGACUUCGUGGGUCGUGUCGCCCAUACGGACACUCCUAUGACAGGAAUGUUUGAGUCCGACAACAAACUACUGAACCGUUUGUGGCUAAACGUGUUGUGGAGUCAAACGAAUAACAUAUGGUCCAUACCUCACGACUGUCCCCAAAGGGAUGAGCGCCUGGGGUGGACGGGUUCGUCCGCAAUAUUCGUUCAAACGGUCAGUUAUAACGCCGACGUUUCGGCCAUUUAUAGCAAAUGGUUGCGCGAUCUGAGGGAAGCCCGUCGUAAUGGCGGCCACUUCUCAGAUGUGGCGCCCAGACUGGUGGCAACCGGUGACGGGGGGCCGUCCAGUGGGGAUUCGGGUGUUAUAGUGCCCUAUCAUAUAUGGCAUAUGUUUGGCGACAUACAGAUACUGGAUGUCAGCUACGAGUCCAUGAAGACAUGGGUUGAGUUCAUACAGAAGGCUAAUCCGGACUACUUGUGGACCAAGGGUAUUUUGUCUGAUUUUGGGGAUUGGCUUGAGAUCAACGCCCAGACACCCAAAGAUGUAUUUGAUACCUGCUAUUUUGGUUACGACGCCCUACUUAUGACCCAAAUGGCCGGUGCUCUCAACCGUACUGACGAUGCGAAGACUUACCACGAAUUGCAUACAAAUAUCUCCAAUGCCUUCACAAAAGCAUUUGUCAACACAACUGAUGGUAAGAUCAAAGGCGACACUCAAGCCGUGUAUGUAUUAGCCCUAGCCUUCGAGCUCUUACCCCAAAACCUGAGACCACUUGCGGUCAACCAUUUGGUCGACAAUAUUAAGGCUCAUGACUACCACUACACCACAGGAUUCAGCAGUGUCAAUUUUGUGAAUGAGGUGCUCGUCAAACAUGGGCACCGGGAUGUGGCGUAUAAAUGUCUACUCCAGGAGACAUUUCCUUCGUUUGGGUACGAAAUAGGCCACAACGCGACCUCAAUUUGGGAGCGCUGGGACACCUGGACUGAGGACAAGGGGUUUAUGGAUCCCGGGAUGAAUUCAUUCAAUCACUUCGGUAUGGGAUCAAUAGGCCGAUCGCUCUACCAAUAUGUGGCCGGUAUUGACACCGACGACCAAAUGGUGGGCUUCAAACGCAUCAAAAUACAGCCCAACCCCGGGAAUGGUGUCUCGUUUGUGAAGUCCUCUUAUAAGUCAAUCAAUGGGUUCAUUGAGAACUCGUGGCAAACAAUAGGCAAUCAAUUCGUGUUGAAUGUAAUGAUGAGUUAA